CCAGAAGAACAAGGCAUCCGUGCACAAUGGUUCAGCUUAAAACCUUCACCGAGGAGGAAGUUGCCAAACACAACAAGGAGGGUGACCUCUGGGUUGUCAUUGAUUCCAAAGUUUAUGACCUUUCACGAUUCGCCGAUUUGCACCCCGGAGGCUCAGGAGUCCUUUAUGCUCCCUCCAUAGCUGGACAGGAUGCCACCAAAGCGUUCUUCGGCUUGCAUCGCCACGAGGUGCUGCUUCGCCCACAAUAUACCCGGCUGCAGAUUGGCACUAUCAAGGACCAAGAAGAAGUCAUCAAACCGCUUGCUUCGGACGCUGUUUCUGAGGUUCCAUACGCUGAGCCAUCCUUCUUGUCCAAAGGCUAUUACAGCCCCUACUACAUUGAGAGUCAUAGACGGUUCCAGAAGGCGGUCCGCAAGUUCAUGACCGAGGUCGUCUAUCCCGAGGCUGUCAAAUGCGAGGAGAAUGGCAAGCGGAUAUCGCAAGAGGUCGUUGAUAAGCUGUGUGAAAUGAACAUCUUUGCCAUGCGGCUGGGCAAGGGCAAGCACCUCAAAGGUCUGACUCUUAUGGGAGGAAUUGUAACCCCAGAAGAAUUUGACCACUUCCAUGAGUUGAUCAUCAACUUUGAGAUCGGCCGCAUGGGUACCCGUGGUUUUGUUGACGGUCUCCUCGCCGGAGGAGUCAUUGGGCUCCCGCCUAUAAUCAACUUUGGAAACCCUGAGCUUCAAGCUAAGAUUAUCCCUGAGGUUCUUAGUGGCAAGAAAUACAUCUGCUUAGCAAUCACAGAGGCGUUCGCAGGGAGUGACGUCGCAGGUCUUCAGACUACGGCUGUGCGCGACGGGGACUCGUGGGUGAUCAAUGGUACGAAGAAGUGGAUUACGAAUGGCAUGUUUGCGGAUUACUUCACGGUUGGUUGUAAGACGGAUAAGGGCCUUACUGUCAUCUUCGUGCCACGGGAUGAGAACGUGGAGACCAAGACCAUCAGGACCGCCUACUCAUCGACAGCCGGUACUGCUUACGUUACUUUCAGCAACGUUCGAGUCCCACUGUCCUAUACCCUUGGCCCCGUUAAUAAGGGUCUCUCCGUGAUCCUCAGCAAUUUUAACCACGAACGAUGGAUGAUGUGCGGCACAAGCUUAAGUGCCCAGCGGCGGAUAGUUGAGGAGUGCUUGAAGUGGUCGAGUCAACGGGUAGUCUUUGGUAAGCCCCUCAACGCGCAAGCGGUUAUUCGUGCGAAGCUCGCGAACAUGAUUGCACGCGUUGAGUCGGCCCAGAACUGGCUCGAGAUGGUCACACACCAGAUGAACAACAUGUCGUACAACGAGCAGUCUGACAAGCUUGCAGGCCCAAUUGGUCUCUUGAAGCAAUUUAUUACGCGGACUGGACGUGAGACUGCUGAAGACGCCACGCAGAUAUUCGGAGGACGUGGUGUAACGGCAGCCGGUAUGGGCAAGCUGGUCGAGAACUACCAUCGCACUUCGCCAUAUGAUGCGAUUCUUGGUGGAGCAGAGGACGUCCUGGGAGAUCUGGGGGUGCGGCAGGCAAUGAAGAAGAUGCCGAAGAACGCUCGUCUGUGAUUGUGCAGCUCAGUGCCGCCACUACUAUAGCCAUAGACGUAUACGCUUGGUAGAAACACUCGUCGUAUUCCAUGUAAUAAAGGCUGCAUGAUCCUAUGUGUAUG